AUGGUAGAAACAAUAUUCAAAACAACGAUCGAUGAUGAUGGCCAUUUACUUAUUCUAAACGAAUAUACUGGCAGAACCAGUAUCAGCGACACCUUACAAGUCAACUGUAUCGUUCAACAUUUGUUCUCCGCCCGCUGUUAUUCACUUGUAGUUCUACAAUGUAAUACGCUAGUGGUCAUUUGGUUUGUAAAGUCACCGGCUGCAGUCAAUACUGUAGCCCGCUCGAGAACAAAAUCUAUCAGUGUACGACACGACAAUAUUGGUUACAGUGGAAGCAUACCUGAAAUUGACAUUAAUCUUUCAUUGAAUACACAUAUUGACUUUUAUGCAUGUUACAGUCGAACAAAUGUUCAUGCAACUAUCGUCGAUUAUGUUUAUUCGAGUGCUAGUGUACCUGUGUUGACAAUCAAUGGUUCAAUUGCUGUUCAUGAUUAUAAACUUCGUUUUUGCAAAGAUCUUCGCACGUGUCAUGGCUCACUGGAAUACGUAUUUUACGAAACUGGUUCAGAUCCAUUUGAUUUAUCAAAUAAACCAAAAUAA